UUCGGGAAAUAAUGGCUGCGUCGCUCUUGGGAUUACUAACUCUACUGCUGGUGCAGCCCUUGGUCUUGUUUGCUUGGCAGGAUUACAAGGACUACAGGGUGUACGAGCUGAGGCCUCAAGGAAUUGCAGACCGGAAACUGAUACGAAAGUUGUCUAAGGAAAAGCCACUUUGGGAUUUUCUGGGAACGACUCGGAAUUCGAAUGAUAGUUCCCUGAGGGUGAUUAUACCGCCUGAAGAAGUUGAUAGUUCGGUUGAAACUUUUAGAAGCUAUCACUUGGAACAUCGAGUGCUGAUUGAGGAUCUGGCACCCUUGGUGCAGGCCCAGCGAGCGGAGAACAUAAAGAGAAAAGAGUUCAUCCAAAUGCCACACAUCGAAGUCCUGGGAGCAUUUUAUACCCACUCAGAAAUCAACGAAUACCUGGAUAGUUUACCAGAACGGUUUCCCAAACGAGUUCAGGUGAAGCAAUUUGGAUGGAGUUACGAGCGAAGACCCCUUAAAGUUUUGACCAUUUCCAACGGAGACGGGAAGCGGGACAAGCCAGUGAUCCUAAUCGAUGGCACUGUCCAUGCCAGGGAAUGGAUAUCGCCGUCCAUGGCCCUCUACAUCAUCCAACAGUUGUUGGAUAACUAUUCGGAAAACCAGGAGCUCUUACAAGAUUACGACUGGGUGAUAAUGCCAGUGGUAAAUGCCGAUGGAUAUGAAUACACUCAUACCGAUUCGCGUUAUUGGCGGAAGACCCGUCGCCCCACAAGUAAUCCGGAAUGCGUUGGCACCGAUAUCAACCGUAAUUUCGGCUACGAGUGGGGCCACGACGAGGGCUCCUCUUCAGAUCCCUGCGAGGGUAUUUACCGAGGAGAACGACCCUUUGACCAGCCCGAGUCGCAGGUCCUGCGAGAUGUUCUGCUCAAUUACCGGGGGCGACUUAACUUUUAUCUUUCACUGCACUCCUACGGCAACUACUUCCUUCUGCCUUGGGGUUAUACCAGAGAAUUUCCGGAACGCUACCAGGACAUGAUGUCUGUGGCGGAUGCCGGCGGCAUGGCGAUCGUCCACUCCACGAACGGCAUAUAUAGCUGGGGGAGCACCUACCAUGUCCUAUAUCCGACGUCGGGCGAUACGACAGACUUUGCUCUGGGAGUGGUCAAUGCCACGGUGGCCAUGACCAUGGAGCUGCCGGCGGCAGGAUUCCAGGGAUUCGAUCCCUGGGUUUCCCACAUCGAGCGAUUGGUCACGGAAAGUUGGGUGGGAGUGCGGGCCAUGGCCGCGGAGGUGAUAAGGUCCUAUCCGGCGUAAUCGGGCUGUAAAUAAAGAGACAUUAGCGACGAA